AGGUAAUCGAAAGUGUUUGUUGUUGUGUUGUUUUAUUUUUGUUGGUGAAAUGGGAAAAGGUUUUCCGGGAUGUGCAGCUGUUGGUUGCACAAAUAAUUAUGGAAAUAAUUCGAAAUACAGCCUUUUUAAUUUUCCCAAAGACGAAAAAAGAGCGAAGAUAUGGGCAUUGGCCGCGGGAAGAAACGACUUGAUCGAACAUAUGAACAAAUUGUUUAAUAAAAAAAUAUGUUCUGUCCAUUUUGAAGAUUGCAUGUUUAAAAAUGAACGCCGAAAUAGAUUACGUGAUACUGCGGUACCCACUAUUUUUCAUGGAUUGGAAGGAUCAUCCAGUAAAUCCAUGACAUCAGAACAAGGUAUAAAAAGGCCAUUUCAGUCUCAAGCAGAAGAGGUGGUUCCUGUUAAAGUACUGAAAGUUACAAGUGAUGGUAAAUAUUUUUAUUAUCUUAAUUAUAAUGUUCACGAAGUUUUAACAAUAAAAUAUAACUCGUGUAAUGAACAUUUCCUGUUAUUAUUGAAUAAUUUUACUCAUCAAGAACACAUAAAUUUGGAAUCCAGUUGUGCAAGCGGUAGCAGAAUUAGAAACUGUUAUAUUGGAGGACAAAAUAGAUGACAGCAGCUGUUUACGAUUAAGAUGAUAGCCAAUCAUUACAGGCAGCCUUCUUUAAAUUAUCGGAUAUCUCCAAUUAAUUCAGACGAAAGUGAUGCUGACAUAAGCGAUACUUUUAACGAAUUACAGACAAAUAAAACCGGAUCUCGAUUUUAUCGCAAAUCAUCAAGAUCAAGUAGUUCUUUAUCAUCAGGCAGUAGCUCUUCAUCCUCAGGCAGUAGCUCUGCAUCCUCAGGUAGCAGGUCUUCAUCCUCAAGCUGCUCUGCUACUGUAAAUAGGGCAUCUAAUACUCAGUUGGACGCUACACAAAUAAACGAAAAUGCAAUUGAACCCACAACGAUAGAAAUGGUUGUAACUGAAAACAAAACGUACACCGUCGAAGUGGAAACGUAA